ACUCAGUUGUCAAAGUUGUCAAAAAUCGAUUAGGGUCGUUGCUCGUUUGCUGCCGGUGCAAUUUGUAAUUUUUUGAUUAAUUUGUGCUAUUUAAAAGUGAUUCUUAUUAAAAAAUGAAGGAGACAAACACCGAUGUAGACACUCGCAAUGUUGUUAAGAACAGGGAGUUGCUAUAUCGAAUGAUUAUAAGCCAAUUAUUCUAUGAUGGAUUCCAGCCUAUAGCAGCUACACUUGCUGCGGCUGUACACGCCGAUCCCCCAUGCCCUCCUAGUGACAGAUUGUUGAAUUUGAUGAUGGUGGGGCUUCAACACGAGCCUGAUCGCAAAGACCGUUUGGCUGCCUCCAGCGGGGCUGAGCACCUUCUUGGUACUACCGGAUUUGAUCUGGAAUACGAAAUGGACGCGUCGUCACUGGCGCCGGAGCCGGCGACGUACGAGACUGCGUACGUGACGUCACACAAGAUGGCGUGUCGCGCAGGCGCAUUCAGCGCGUGCGGGCAACUAGUGGCCACAGGCAGUGUGGACGCUAGCAUUAAAAUCCUAGAUGUUGAGCGUAUGCUCGCCAAGUCAGCUCCAGAGGAGGUGGACCCUGGAAGGGAACAGCAAGGACAUCCAGUUAUCAGAACUUUAUAUGAUCACACCGAUGAAAUUACUGGUCUAGAUUUCCAUCCCCGAGAACAGAUACUGGUGUCCGCUUCAAGAGACUGUUGCAUUAAAUUGUUUGACAUCACCAAGGCUUCCGCUAAGAAAGCAUUCAAGUCUAUCACGGACGCCGAGCAAGUUCUGGCGGUAGCUUUCCAUCCGUUAGGAGAUCACAUCAUAGCGGCCAGCACUCACCCCGUGAUCCGCCUUUACGACGUCACCACCAGCCAGUGCUUCGUGUGUCCCGUGCCCUCGCACCAUCACACGAAACAAGUCAACUCUAUCAAGUUUUCACCCAACGGUAAGUAUUUUGCUAGCGGCAGUGCUGAUGGCUCAGUUAAACUGUGGGACACGGUGUCCAAUCGCUGUUUCAACACUUUCGUCAACGCUCACGACGGAUUUGAAGUGUGCUCCGUCGCUUUUACCAGAAAUAACAAGUAUCUGUUAACGUCUGGUUUGGAUUCCUCUAUAAAAUUGUGGGAGUUGGCUAGCAGCAGAUGUCUCAUACAGUACACCGGCGCAGGGACAACUGGCAAACAAGAGCAUAUUGCGCAAGCGGUGUUCAACCACACGGAAGAUUAUGUAAUGUUCCCGGAUGAGGCUACCACUUCACUCUGCACCUGGCACUCCAGGAGCGCCAGCAGGUGUCAACUCAUGUCCCUGGGGCACAACGGGGCCGUCAGGUUCAUAGUUCAUUCGGGUACUGCUCCGGCAUUUUUGACGUGCAGUGACGACUAUCGUGCAAGAUUUUGGUAUAGACGGAACACACAUUAAGACUUUACGAUCUCAAAUAUUUUGUAAUAUUCUACGCUUGUGACACAACUUUAUUAUAGUAAAACACGCUAUGAAAACGCGUUAAAUAUACGCCUGGCGUGUUUUAUGAAACCUAUUGAUUGAGGAAUAAAAUAAUUACUUAAACGAAACAUAUUGGAAAUACUACAAUAGUGAAACCGAAUUUUUCGCCUCCUUUUUUGAAUGAAAAUUUAAUAAUUUAUAGGUUAAAUAUAACACGACAUAUGGAAAUGUUUUUAGUAUUAAGUUUAGAUUUAUAAGUGAAAAGAAUUCUUAAAAUUA